UCUCGACUCGACCGUCGCGUCUACUUAUGUUCAGCGAACUCCAUCUCGCCGCUGCAGGGCAUGGACGACUUGUACGCUAAUGCCUGGGAUGAACCGUCCCAACCCCCUCUCUCCGACUUCAAGCCCUCGACAAGCUCGAGCAAAAGUUGGCUCUCUCCGAAGCUACCGGACGCGCACGAGGAGGCCGACUUAGCGGCACCUUCAUGGUCAACUGGAGCUGGGAUUGGUUGGAAUGAACCCUCAGACAGCGCAGGCUUCUCCUGGGGUCAAGCCGAUACCGAUCUUGCCUGGGGCGCAAGCUCCUACGAUAACAUUCCCAUUGGCAAGUCUGUAGCUACCGGGGAGGAAGAUGUGCUCGCCGCCGACCCUCCGGUGGUCCAGGAAGAGCCUCCUCCGUCUCCGGCUUCUCCAAGCCCAGAAUCCUCACCAGAAGUGCGUGAGCCAUCGCCUCCGCCUCCGGUGCAAGAGGUGUUGGCUACUGCAGUGCCUUUCGCGGAUGCCGAGGUCCUCUCACCACCCGCAGAGCAUGAUGCCUUUGGUACGUUCGAGUCCGCUCUCGCCCCAACCGAGGAUGCAACGCUAGCACUGGAAGAGAAUGUGCUCAAUACGGACGCCUGGGGCUCAGCGUGGGCGAGCGAGUUGGAGCAGAAGGAAGCAGAGGAAGCCGAACGAGUGGACGAAUGGGAGGCAGCGCGACAGCGCAAGGCUCAGCAGGAUCGUAAAAUUCCUCCUUCGGUUAUGGCCGCGAUGCUCAGGGAUUGCGAGCAAUUCUGCGAAGAAGCUUGGCCGGAGCCUAAGUCUCCAGACGCUAAAGACAAGGACGAAUGGAAAAACAACUGGCGCAGAGGGAUAGAAGGCGUUGAAGGUCUUGAAGCCCUCGUCAACACGUUCCUACCUCCCUUGUCUCUUCAACCACCGGUACAAUUCGGAAAGGCAGCAACUGCGAAGCGGAUGGCCAUGUCUGUUCGUUUGACCAAGAACAUGGCGAUGUCUAAGCGAAGUCCAAUGGCGCACUACCUGACCGCCAAAGGGUCAACAGCGUGGGAAGUUGCUGUUAAGGAGCGCAAGGAGGUCAUAGGCGACGACAUGCCCGCAGGUUGGAGGAUUCUCGAGAAAGAAUCCGCAGGGGACGCCGCAGCUGGCACAAUCAAGGAGAAGAAACCCGCGGGGCGUCUCUUCUCGUUUUGGGGACGCCGGGAGUCGAGCACUACCAGUGCUCAUACGCGGUCAUCAUCGCAGUCCGAUGCAAGGGACGAAACAAGUUCGCGGAGCCCCGUCGUGGAAAAUAUCGGACAUUCGAGACGGCCGAGUCAAGAUAGCGUGCGAUCUCUCGCCAGCGGCAGUGCUGAUAAAAGCGCACCUCCUACGAGGCACUCUUCCUCGUCACCUGCACCAUCCGCGAACGCCUCUACAUCCUCACUUCCAGCUGCGCCUGCACGGUCAACUUCGUACGCUGACGCGCCGGAGCCACAAGUCGAUACAAAUAACGCACAAGCGCCCUCAGCUGUAUCCCGGUUCUGGGACAGGUUCUCCCGCCGACGCAGUACUAUGGGUUCCGGUAGUCCAAGGAACUCACUUGCGUUGUCAUCCGACGAUCUCGAGUUUCUUGCAGAGAUACCUAGCGCGAAUGAUGGUGAGGAUGACGAAGAGGCCACUUUGAAGGCGUUCGAGAGCGUGUUCAACUCCAAGCCUCAGCCGUCUGUCUUGCCUGCGCCUCUCCCUGCGCCUCUGCCGCCACCGCCUUCAGUGAACACAGCUGUUCGAAGCGUUGCUGGUAAUGUCAUGGCCAGUCUGCAUUCCCCUAUGGACAGUCUGGACUCCUCGCUAGGUUUACUUGACUCCAGUGCGUUCACGGCUGCCCCAGCAGCAGUCGUGUCGAUCAGUAACGCGGCGCCCUUGCAACCGGUGACUGCUAUCCCUGUGCUCCAGCCGUCGAGACCUGCCACGCCUCCCGUAGGCUUGUCCAGAAGAGACACUCGGUCUGCCAGCCCAUCGCCCUUGUCAGUGGAGAGGAAAGCCAUCCCCGUACAACCUUUCUUCCUGCCCUCUCCUCCCUCCUCGCGCUCUCACACUCCAGUCCCCGCCGCACGAAGUGCCCUCAGCGAGCCGGCGCGAUCCCAGACGCCGCCUGUCACGCAGGAGGCCGUGCAAAGGGCCUCAUCGUCGAAGCUCCCUCCGCCGUUGCUCCCGCCACCAUGGGCGCCCACGCCUACAUCAACGUCAUUCUCAGUUGCAGGUGGGACCGCAAACCCGCCAGACACUCCCACAUCGGCGUUGCCGCUGGCGGAAUUGUAUCCGGACGCGUAUCAGGCGCAGGCGAACAAGAGCGUGGCGUCCAGGCCUGCCUCCAGGGCGCGGAUGGCUGCAUCUCUCAUACCGCCGCCGCCGACGAGCUCGCAAUCUAGUGGCGCACUGCCGCCGAUAUUGGCGCCGCCGCCUGCUCCAUCUAGGCAGCCGUCGGUGCUACCACCGUUCAACCCUCCUCCCGCCGCUUCCAGGCAGUCGACGUCGACGCCGUCUCCAUUUGUACCCUCCAAGCCGUUCGCAUCCGCGAAACCAUCUGCCCUGCCGUUAGCCUCAUCCACUGACGACGAUGAUGAAGAGUUCUCUGACUUCCUCUCGUCCGCGACCGUCCCCACUUCAUCAAAACCCCUCGUGAGGUCCAUUUCUACCUCAUCGCGCUCGUCGACGCCCAACAAGACACCGCCCUCCUCUGUGGGACGCUCCGGCGGCCGGGCUCCUGCACUAGCCCAUCUGCGGAUAGGAUCGUCAUCCCGAGCAUCGGCGUCGGGCACGUCUGCCCUGCCUGCGAAGCUGGCGUUGCUUGACGAUGGCGACGACUUCUCCGAUUUUCAGGCGUCCCCGGCCACGGGCCAGCCGCCGUCGUCCAAGCCAUACAGCGAUGAUCCGUUCUCAGACUUCCGGUCGUUCGCGUCGUCGCAGCCUUUGCGGCCGCAACCGCCGUCGUCACAAUCGACUAGCUCCUUCGACGCGGUGGCGAACGAUAGCGCAACGUCGGACAGGACCUUCCUCACGCCCAAGAAGGACCCGGGGUUCGACUUCCUGAACUCAUACACUUCUUCUCUGCGCACCCCUUCGCCUCCGAGGCCUCUAUCAAAGGCACCGCCAGUAUCAUCCACCUCGUCAUAUGCGUCUGCACCGGACUCAAAGAGCGUGGCCGAUGCCUCUAUGACCCGAGUCAGCAAGGCCGCCUCGCAUUUACACACACUCAACCUCAUGGAGAAGGCCGCCUCGCGCCCAGGCCGAUGGCCGGCCCCUCCCUCGCCCCUUCCACAUGCUAUACCCGGUCCUAUAAACCCCUUUAGUGCAGCGUCCGUGGAUCUGUUGGGUGAUGAUGGCUCCCCACAGCGGCCAAGCGUCACUACCUCACAUUCGUCGCCAGCAUGGAUGAACCCUUUCCAACCCGCUUCUAGUACUAAUGGGGGCUCUGGGAUGGGAACGGUCCAGAUACUACCUCCGCCGCCAUUGUCUCAGUCUCAGUCGCUACAGUCCACCUCUCUUGGGUCUUUGCAGCGGAUGGGGUCACCGCCGACUGCCAGUCAUUCGGGGACGACUCCAGCUGUGACACCUGCGCCGGCGCAGAGCACGUCGAAGACAACUGGAUUGUCCGCGCAGGACUUGAUGUUCUUCGAGGGACUCUAGGUUAUGUGGCUCUGGCUGCAUCGCUGUAAUGUUUUGCAUACGGUAUCAAUCUUACGAAUUCACGGAUCAAAAUCAAUCAUGAGGGACGAGUCCGACGAUCUCACCAGAAUCCAGAUCCUCCGCGGUCAAGUGACAAGACGUGUUAUCA